UUCAGACCAGCGAGCGCCGAGUUUAUUGCAAACUACGCUGCGCGGGAGGACUGAUAGACCGAUUCGGUGUGUUACCGGAGCCCUUUGAACCACUGCGAACACGGGUGUGCGAAGCGAGGGCCGCCAGCGGAGCCGUAGGCGACGUAUAUAGCGAGCUCACAAAAGCGCAGCUUAUACGGCUAAAAAACACGGCGCGGCGGCAAAGCACGGCCACGCGCUGGCUCUGCGCCCCGAGCGCAGCCACCUGGCCCAGCCAGCACGCGUCGCUGCACCACACGAAGCCACGCCGCCGCUCUACUCGAGCGCGCCGAGCACGGCUACACGCUGGCUCUGCACCCUUGCCGCGGGCGCCUGGCACACCCAACACGCCGUCGACACACGAACUCGAGAGCGCUCACACCCAACACGCCGUCGCCGCACCGCACGAACUCGAGAGCGCUCACCGCCCGCCACCCGCAGGCACACUGAACAGAUAGCACUGAGGAGGAGGGACCGCAAAGAUGCCGCCCAAGGUCCAACAAAAGUCGAAAGAGGCCAAGAUGGCGGCCGCCAUGGCCGGCGGCAAGUCCAAGAAGAAGAAGUGGUCCAAGGGCAAGGUCCGCGACCAGGUCGCGAACAAGGUGCUGUUCGACGAGGACACCUACGCGCGGUUGUUGGCCGAGGUGCCCAAAAUGAAGCUGAUCACGCCGUCGGCGCUCGUCGAGCGACUGAAGAUCAACGGCGCGCUCGCGCGGGCAGCGAUCAAGGAGCUCCAGGAGAAGGGCAUGAUCAAGAUGGUCUCCUACCACCACACGCAGUGGAUUUUCACGCGGGACGUGGCCGCGGAGUAGACUAGUCGUGUAAAACUUCCGUAGUAAUUAUGGG